ACGUGUAGAAAAAAAUACCGACCGUUGUUUCUAAUGGAUCGACCAGUCCUCUCUAGAACUUUCGACCUCCUUCAUACUCUGAUGAAUAAUGUCAGCGCAUAUAUAAGGAUCAACGACUCCUCUCCUCCAACCUUACUGCUACGCCAAGCUUCUUCUUUCUAGUUCAUCAUCGUCUGCACCUGCCUCCAUUUUCACAACUCUGAAUAUAUUACUCAUACAAAAUGAGUCGACACCCAAUUGUAAAAUGGGCCCAAAGAUCUGACAACAUCUUCAUCACAGUUGAUUUACUUGAUGCAAAGGAUGUAAAACUCAAGCUUGAACCAGAUGGAAGAUUCAUCUUUUCUGCUACUAAGGACUCAGUACCGUAUGAAGUUGAUAUUGAACUCUUUGAUAUGAUCAAUGUUGAGGAGAGCAAAUAUAACGUUGGUGCAAGAAGCAUUGUAUAUGUUAUAAAGAAAGCUGAAAAGAAGUGGUGGGACAGACUGCUCAAACAAGAAGGAAAGCCUCCUGUGUUCCUUAGAGUAGACUGGGAUAAGUGGGUUGAUGAGGAUGAUGAGAAUGAAAAAGGAGGAACGGGAUUUGAUGACAUUGAUUUCUCGGAUAAUCUUGAGAAAAAUAAGAAGAAAGACCGAAACAAGCAUCAGAGUACAUUAAACAAGUUGCUUGGAAAGUUGAGGCUUGAUUGCUUUAGGAAGCCAUGAGAGUUAUCACGUACUGUAAAAUUUCUCAGCAAAAGAAGGUUAACUGUCCUGUUUCAUAGUGAAGUUCAGAUGUAUGUAUAUUUGGAUUUUCUUGAAUAUCUGGGCUUGCACAUGAUGUUUGUGACAAUGUGACUUAAUCUAUACAUACUGGGUCUGUUUGCUUUCUUUA